ACGUUGCGGCCAGCCGAUAGACGGUAGUCGCGUGCUGACCACCAGCGAUUACGCAUAACUUAAAUGAGUUUCGCAACAUUUUGGGGCAGAUAGCUAAAAGUGACUGGUGUGGUUUGCUGAGAAUUAUAAAAAAACCCAGUAAAGUUUGAAGAGUACAUGUGUAGUAACGAUAAUCAAGCUGCAGGCGGUUUGGAACGAUUGAAAAUCUUCACUACGAUCUGGUGACUUCAUAUCGUCCAUAUAAUUUUAGUACAACAAAUAUUUCAAGCUGCGACUGAAAGGAACUCUGUAGCUAUAGCUGAAACUGAAGCGAACCACCCCACCGGUCAUUUUCCUAAGCAUUUACAGGUCGCUCAGGGGCCGUAGGAACUAGUAGCACAUACAAUUUUUCCUUGACGGAUUUGGCAUCGCUGUGGAAGUCUUUGGCCUGGAUAUGGACUGGCCUUGCUAAUCGUAUUUGGCACUAGUACCGCCUUCGCCUUGCGCCGUUUUACCAUCGUAAAGACUAUUAGGAUUAUAUUUCGUCAUUGCUAUUUCAACCGAAGAAUCGGAUGAAUAGUUCAGAAUCAAUGCUACUCUCUGGUGGCAAUAAUGACCGAAAAAGAAAACGACCAAAUGGUGAAGAGAAUGAAAGGGAUGAACCGCGUCCAGCCAAGACCGGGAAAUUGGAACAACAUGUUAAUGAAACGGAGAUGCGGCGAAAUAUGUCGGGGGUUAAAAGCUUUCUGCAUGGUAUAGCGUAUCAGAUUAAACUCUGUAUUUACGUAUGCCUGACGGCCAAGAGGUCACUAAAUCCAACAGAAAAUUGUGACAACUUCAGCUUUACAGUUAAGGCAGAGGAUCCUAUGGCUGGAAAGUUCGACGACAUCGUAUAUGAGUUCCGCGAUGGUGACAAGACAGGAACGCUGAAGAUUCAAGCUAAACAUACAUCGGAAUCACCUGCUCCGAAGAUAACGUUGAAGGAUUUCACAACCACUAGCGAUACGAAGAAUCCCUUUGCUCUUCAGAAGUAUUUUACUUCGUUCUGUGACCAACAACAAUCCUCAACUGAUCUGGAAGGAUUUAUCAUUUGCACCAAUUGGGAUUUAGACGCCAAGGACAUGGAUAUGUGGAAAGCAGUCGAUCCAGCUGUCACGGACGAUUCAACAACAUCUCUGGAUUCCUAUGUCUCAUCAUUAUUCGAUAGAAUUGGAGGUAAAUACUAUCAAUUGGACUACGAUAAACUAUGGACUGCGGACGGUAUGUUUAGUAAUUUUCAUCAAUUAUUACGGAAAUGUUCCAAGCGUUCUAGGCUAGCCAGACUACUGGUCGAAGCUACUAAACCCAACAAGAAGAUUACGUACAGCAAUUCCCUCUUUAAAGAGUAUCGUCAAGCAAUUUUGAAUGUAAUAGAUAGGAAUGAAGCUUCAACGAGUGAUUCAUACGGGUUUACAAAAGAAUUUCUGGAUUCAUCCUUCUCCAACUCAAUGCCAGGAUAUGAAGCAUUUAGACAAGAGUUUGAAGAUCAAUACCGAGAAGAAUUCACGAUCGAGGGAUGUGAUGUAGCUAAGCUAGAUAGCAUUUGGAAGUGGCCGACGGUGGAGGAGAGUACGAGUUCCGGGGGUGUUUACGAGCAGAUGGAUCUGAAGGCACAGGUUCCAACGCGUCCACUGCUAAGACAUCGUUGUCAGUUGCGGUUGAUCGAUUUCCAUCGUAAAGUGUCCGUUCCGUUGAAGACACUCGACGAUGGAAUGGACAUCACCGGAGGGGGCCAGACCGCAUCGAAACCGGAGAUGAUCGUUCGGAAGUGUACCAAGAUCAUUUCGAGUGAGGAUCACACGUACAUCGAGAGUAGCUCGAGCGAUUAG